UGACACUAUUCUCGAGCAUUCGACGCGCUUCCCAAUACUGCAAGUACUGGUCUGACCUUCUCCGCAACCACUUCUUUCUUCUUUAUACAUAGAUAUUCUUGCUUGAUGACUGCUCAACAUCCAGAAGUUCUUUGGGCGCAACGAAGCUCUCGCAACGACGCUGCUAAAAAUGUCGUUUACCUGACUGUGAACUUGCCUAAUAUCCAAGAGUCCAGUUUACAAUACGAACUCUCUUCUAAAGGCAUCUCGUUUAAAGCGACCGCUGGAGAUUUGUCGAAGAGUAUUGAAGAAAAAAAAUAUGAAUUCGAGUUUGAGUUCUUUUCUGAAGUCGUUCCCGAGGAAUCCUCCAAACGCCUCACGUCGCGUUCUUUCUACCUUGUUCUGCGCAAGAAAGAAUUAAAAGAGGAAUAUUGGCCCCGUCUCACAAAGGAGAAAGUAAAAACCAUGUUUGUGAAGACUGACUUUAGUAAAUGGGUCGACGAGGAUGAACAGGACGGCGAGGUUGCUCCUGAGGACGAUAUGGACAUGGCUGGGAUGGGGGGAAUGCCUGGAAUGGGAGGUAUGGGAGGUAUGGGAGGUAUGGGAGGUAUGGGAGGUAUGGGAGGUAUGGGAGGUAUGGGGGGAAUGGGGGGAAUGGGGGGAAUGCCUGGUAUGGGUAUGGGCGGAGACAUGGACUUUGAAAAAAUGAUGGCCUCAAUGGGAGGUGGGGCUGGUCUUGAUGCUGCAACAGGUGGUCCGUCCGCCACCGAAGAUGGCGACGGCGAUGACUCUGAUGACGAUGGUCCUCCACCACUCGAAGACGCUGAAUUACCCAAGUAAAAACAUUACCUAUUAGUAGUGAAAUAUACACUAUUGAAUCUUGAAGCACAAUAUUAUUAUACAUUUCCUCAAGCCAAGUGUUCAUGUUCUUGAC